AUGCAUGGAAUUACCGGCACAAUGCAUGGAAUUACCAGCACAAUGCAUGGAAUUACCGGCACAAUACAUGGAAUUACCAGCACAAUGCAUGGAAUUACCGGCACAAUGAAUGGAAUUACCAGCACAAUGCAUGGAAUUACCAGCACAAUGCAUGGAAUUACCGGCACAAUACAUGGAAUUACCGGCACAAUGCAUGGAAUUACCAGCACAAUGCAUGGAAUUACCAGCACAAUGCAUGGAAUUACCAGCACAAUGCAUGGAAUUACCGGCACAAUACAUGGAAUUACCAGCACAAUACAUGGAAUUACCAGCACAAUACAUGGAAUUACCAGCACAAUGCAUGGAAUUACCAGCACAAUGCAUGGAAUUACCGGCACAAUGCAUGGAAUUACCGGCACAAUGAAUGGAAUUACCAGCACAAUACAUGGAAUUACCAGCACAAUGCAUGGAAUUACCGGCACAAUGCAUGGAAUUACCAGCACAAUACAUGGAAUUACCAGCACAAUGCAUGGAAUUACCGGCACAAUGCAUGGAAUUACCGGCACAAUGCAUGGAAUUACCAGCACAAUACAUGGAAUUACCAGCACAAUGCAUGGAAUUACCGGCACAAUGCAUGGAAUUACCAGCACAAUGCAUGGAAUUACCAGCACAAUGCAUGGAAUUACCGGCACAAUGCAUGGAAUUACCAGCACAAUACAUGGAAUUACCAGCACAAUGCAUGGAAUUACCGGCACAAUGCAUGGAAUUACCAGCACAAUACAUGGAAUUACCAGCACAAUGCAUGGAAUUACCGGCACAAUGCAUGGAAUUACCCGCACAAUGCAUGGAAUUACCAGCACAAUGCAUGGAAUUACCAGCACAAUGCAUGGAAUUACUGGCACAAUGAAUGGAAUUACCGCACAAUGCAUGGAGUUACCGGUGCAAUGCAUGGAAUUACCAGCGCAAUACAUGGAAUUACUGGCACAAUGA